UUCUUCUGCACUCCCUUUCCAUUGAGACGCAGUACGAAAGCUAACCAAAUGCGAUACUCAAAAGCUAUCCUGGUGUCCAAGCCCGAAACUCCAGUUUAGCUAACCUGUAGGUGGGGCAAGGGUUGACCUCUUGUUUGAAAAACGUAUUGGGACUGCAUAUUCCGUGAAUCCCAAGAUCCCACAGAUGCGCCAUCCAUGCCAGGCCUGCUUAUCCCUGCUUUUCCCGUUGGCCCGCUAAUCUGCUGCCGAUGCUUUUCACUUGCCUCUGGCUGUGGAUGUGGCUGUGGCUGUGCGCAAUGUAAAUUCGUUUUCCCGAAGCUCCGCUCUUUCUCUUUCUCUUGGACAGACGCGCAGGCAUAGCUAGAGAUACAGAUACAGACGCAGACAGACUCGGAUGCGGAUACAGAUACUCGAAGGCGAGAACGGGAGCGGGCACAGAUACAGAUGCGCGGCGGCAGAGCAGAACUUUCGGUUGGAAAUUUGCCAACCCCUCAUGGCGCUUUUCGAUGCGAUCAGCUCGACCCCAAUAGACGGGGACUGGCCGGCACGGGGGAUUGGGGGGGACGUGCACCUUCGGAGACGCGGCCAACAGGCUGCUCGGACCGCUCGAGUCUCGGUAUUCUGUGGCUGAAUUCCGAAUUCGCUUUUAGUAUCAAAUUAGACUGCGACGGCUGCUCUUUGAGUGCGGCCAAGAACGGAGCAACACCGGAGCAGAGCACUCGAUUCCCGAAUCGGGCCAGUUCGGAACGUCCAAGGUUUAAAGCAACAACUGUGAGCAGUGAAAAAAAACAGAACGAGCGUUCAGCUAUAAACGAUAUCAAACCCAAUAGGAAGAAACGCACACAAAGAGCCGAAAACAAAGUCUUCGGCAGAGAGCGCUGAGUGGGACGGAGACGGGAAGAGGCAAUAGCUAGCGGGACA